GUAUUUUUAUGACGUACCUAGGUAUUUUGCGACAAUGUCCAAUGUUUCCUAAAAUAAGCGAUUUAACACAUCGCAGAGCUUUUAUUUUACAGAAAAUUUACAAUUAAUAGUCAAAAGGAAUCAAUUCUUCAUAUGCAUACAUAUGCUUAUACAAUCUUAAUACCGUUAUUAUAUAUUAAUGUUUAAUGUAUAAUAAACAAAUAGUCGCCAAAAUGGAACAUAAAAAAAAGUGUGGUUAAAAAAUCACACUAAUAAUAAAUAAUCAAGCAAUCAAAAAAGUGCUUACUAUGUUUUUAAUUUUUAUAGCUAGAAAAUAUUGCAAAGAAAUAUUAAGUUAACAACAGAAGCGUUAAUUUACUCAAAAAUAUGUGUAUAAAAAAUAAAAUAUAAAAACAAAGUAAGUAAAAAAUUGAAAGAAAAAUUGUUAUAAGUAGCAGAAUUAACAAUUAAUACAAAAGUAAAUAAUCAUUAAUCGAAAUGAAAGGCCUGUAUGCUAAAUUAUAUACGUAAUGUUAGGCUCAAUAUUUAUGUGAGAAAAUAAAAAAACGUGUACAUGUAUAGUGAUUUUCAAGUGUUUAAAAGAAAUCGGUUUCAUAAUUAUGAUAUACUAGGUUAUGAAGCUUAAAAAUAUAUCCAAUUAUAAUGUGCGUAAUGGAAAAACAAUAGAUCAAACUACUUAAUAAUAUUGUAUGACGUAGUCCAAAUCGUAUAAAAUAUUUACUCAAAUUUAAUUAAAUGUGCUCUCAUCUUCUUUGUGUUAAUAAAAGUGUAUUAAAAGAAAUGACUUUUUUACGCAAACAUGUAUUGAAAAUAUACCACUAAAAUUAAAAAAUAUAUUUUAUAAAUCGUAAUAGCUCAUAAAUAUAAACAACCGUGAUAUAUUCUUUAAUGUUGAUCUUAUACUAAAUAAAUCCGGGAUAUAUACACUGAGCCUUUGAUGUUGAAAAAUAAUAAAAGUUACGACAUUCGUGUAUCAUACUAAGUUAAGUAUUACACGCAACGCACGUUAAAAAAUAGAAUAAAUCCAAGAAAUCGAGAACCUUAAUUACUUAGUCUGGUUUAUUUAAUCAAAACCUUUCGUAUAGUAAUUAUUUUAUAACGAUUCGUAUGAAAAACACGUGCGUUGAAGAAAAGGAUAGUGUGUAAUCCUGGGCAGAAACGGGAGACGGGGACAUCUACACGCAGCUAACAGAUGAUCCCCACAUGUCAAUUGUUGCAGCCGAAAAUGCAGGGCUUGGCCCAUGUGAUUUACCAGAUUCGUGGGCACCAAACACAAAUAAUAGCAACAACAAUAUUACUAGUAUCGUUGCAAAUAGUAGAGACAUCUCAUCGUUAUCAGCAGUCACAGAAAAUUCAUCAAACACGGCUGUCCCUCUUAAUAUUGACAACAAUAUUAGCUCGAAUAUUGUGUUCUUCAAGAACCAAAGCAGUCCAACUACAACUGCCAUUCAACCGACCACUUCUUUCGGCUUUUCACCAACAUCAACGGCAAGAGCAACAACAUCAACCACUUCCAGUCUUAUAUACAAGGUGCCUCUCUCAUCGCCAGCCGCUGCUACAGCCGCUGUUACUGUUUCACCAGCCAGCAUUGGUAGUGUAGUAACGUCUUUAGGUGUGGGUCUGGUACCCUCAAUACCGACGUGUGUGUCCGUUACUGGAACGAGUACCGGUGGAACUGGAGCUUUUGCUGGUGUACUGUUAUCAAGCCCAAUAUCAGCUGGUGGUAGUAGCAAUAGUAUUUCGGCUCAAAAAACAAUUACAAAUUAUCAAGUAAACAACGUCAAUAAUAACGCAAAUAACACUGGCAAUACCAGCGUUAGAAGUCUAACACUUCCAUUGCAGCAACAGCAACUACAAUUGCAACAACAAAACGGCUUAUUGCUACAUAACAAACAGAGCAACCAAAACAACAAUAACAGCUCUUUAGUGAAUAAUAACCACCAUAAAAAUAGCAACAAUUUUAAUUUAAUACUACGACAGAAGGCUGCAGCAACUGUAAGUUUAGCCGCCGCACUUCAAAAUUCAAUCACCAUGAAUGCGGUAGCUUCGCCAAUCUCAAACAACCCAGCGACGCCGACUCGAAAAAUUAGAAGAAAAACUGAUCCGAAAGCCAAUUUGCCACAAUCACAGAUUAAUAAAUGUAAUAACGAGAAAAGGCGUCGCGAAUUGGAAAACAAUUAUAUCGAGCAAUUGUCCGAGUUUUUACAACUCAACAAACGCGGUGAUACAGCCUCAACGAAACCAGACAAGGCAGCAAUACUGAACCAAGUAGUGAAAACGUAUCGUGAGUUUUGUGACAAGGGCCAAAGCCGUGAUAUUUCUUCCUCAACGUCGACUACCGCUUCUUCAGCUCUCAAUUCGACGACACCUAAUAACAACAAUAGCAGCUCAACUUCUAAAAGCAACGAUAAUCGAAAUAAUACAGCAUCUACACGUUGUUUACGAUGUGCAACUGACAAUUGCUCUAUCCAUCCAGUACAACAAGGUGACGUUUCAUCGACCGAACCCCCAUUGCCGGAGCCAUCACUGCUUAACGGUCAGGUGCCCGAAAUAUCUGCCUAUUUUGAGGCGUUGGAACAUUACCUCUCUUCAGUCGAUUGGGUGCUUUUACAAGUCACUGCAGACGGGAUAAUCGAGUCGUGUACGCAGAAUAUACGAGAGCUAAUCGGCUAUGACAAACAGGAACUGUUUCGUAAACCACUAUAUCAGUACCUACACUCCGACGAUCAUGCGAAAUUAAAUCCAAUUAUAAAUAAUAUGCCGUAUGGAGUUAGCGGAAAUGCAACUGGUGACAUUGGUUGUGGUAGCGGUAGCCAAAGUGGCUGGAAUGAUUUGGAAGAUGCGAAUAGUGGUACAAAUUCGCAACAUUCAACAGCUUCGUUAGGUCCAGGAAGUGCUAAAGCUAAAAGAAAUAUAGCAGCUAAAGUCCGAAUGCUAGUGAAAGAUUUGCGUUCGGCUACUCAAACAUCUAUGACGCACCAAAACGAUGCUUUGGAUCAGAAAACUGUCGGACAACAUAUAAACCCCGAAAAAUAUGAGGAAGUUAUGCUGCUAGCAACACCGAUGAAAGACGAUGGUGAUACAACGUCCUCCAUAUUGUGUUUGAUUACGCGUCCCGAAGAUGAACCGGCCAUACAACAGAUACAACCGCAGGCCAUAGAGCAUUUAACCUUUAAACUUGACGUACACGGCAAGAUACUCAAUUUGGAUGUAACCGCACUUCGUCAACCCUAUCGUCAACAUUUAAGUAGUUGGUUGGGACGCCUUUUGCAGGAUCUUUGUCAUCCGCAAGACUUAAAUGCUCUGAAAUCACACUUACGCGAGGUUCAAGAGUCAGCUGCUUCAGUCCAUUUGAUGAACUCUCCAUCAUCACACUCACCUGGUGGAACGCCUGCAACACUCAUUCAUCCUCCCAUUGCGAAUGUGAUGUCACGUCCAUUUAGAUUGCGUCUGGGCGCACCCGAUGUUUAUGUCCAUGUUAAGGCGAAUUCACGACUUUUUUUAAAUCAGUCGCAAACUGAGGGAGAUUAUAUUAUGUCUCUGCAAACAUUACUUAACACGGAUAACGAUAUAGGCGGAGGAGGUAUAAGUGGAUUGAACAUCGGAGGUAUCGGGAACAGUAGUAUGAUGCCAUCUAGCAGUUUGUCAACAAUGUCGCCUAGUCCAUCGUUAGUUUCGCCCCUUUCUCUGCCCUUGGACUCACUUGUUAAUAACAAUUCGUCAUGCUCCUCUUCGUCGGCGUCAGCUUUAGCAAGUGUAAGUAGCGGUGUACAUAUGUUAGGAGGACUAGUUGGAGGUGGUGGUAUGCCACCACUCACCACGCAAACUACUAAUGUGGGUGGACCACUGAUGACUUCAGCUGUUAUCAAUGGUACAGGGAGUGGUACACAACGUAACAAUCCUGCUGUGGCAACAUCGGCAUCGACUUCGAAUAAUUCCAAUCUGGUGAAUUCGUUUACCGCAUCGCCUGCUGGACCCGAAGCAACGAUUUUCUAUAGUUCCGACCCUUUUGAUUUUGACUUGGCACAUUCCAGUUUUGAAAUGGACGCCACUGGUUGGACGGAUUCGCGUCCAAACUCUCGCGCUUCUGUUACUACCCCAGUAAGCACUCCGCGUCCACCGUCAGCGGGACAUGGUUUCAGUCCGGCAGUAUGUGCUUCACCAUCUACACCAUAUCAAUUGUCGUCACACUCAGCUGCGAGCUUGCCUUCGCCUCAGUCAAAUACAAGUCAGCCGUCAUCUGCUGGUCCCGGGGUUAGUGGAGGGCCAUUUGGUUUUGGUUUUCCGGCGUUUGAAACAAGUGAUAAAAAUAAUGAUAAAGACCACAUGAACGCUAGCAUAAACAGCAGUAGCAGCAUAAGUGGCAAUAAUUCUGGACCUCAAGGUGGUUCCAGUGGUGCGUUGAGCGGCCCUGCAAAUUUACCAAAUGGUGGUCCGCCAUUACUUACCACUGUUGCUAACAUGACUCAACUAUCUGCACAGCCGAAUCCACCCCAACCGGAAUCAGAGCGUUUACGGCACUUAUUAACAAAUAAAUCGCAUUCAAUGACCUCAGGAAUGAACCCGGCCGAUGGUGAUAAAGAUCAUCUUAGCCUGCGCCAUAAGUUUUACAAUCAGAGUCUACUGAAUUCCGAUGAUGAUAAGGAUGGUGGAGGUGCCGGCGGUAGCAACAGGGGUUCGUCCGGAAUGUUCAAAAUGGGCGCUACUGGUAUAUCGAAUGCGCGCCUAUUUGGUGGUGGUGCAUUACCAAAAUCUUCGAACUCCAGCAAUCCCAUGUUACUGUCGCUGCUUAACGAAAAAUCGGAGGAUGAUGAUGGAAAAGGACCUUCGCUUGGUCGACAAAGUGAAUUGAUGCGUCAACUACAAAAGGACGAUGGUCAUUAUAGUCAUUCACACGGUCAUAGCCACGGGCAACAUCACUCCAAGGACAUGUCGCAAGAGGAUUUACUAAAAAGUUUAAAGUACCAGGGUGAUCCUACAACUCGCAAGCGUUCGCUCAAUGAACCGGAUGAUGGCAUAUUAGCAAAACGUGAAAGUGACCGCCCAUCCAAGUUACGUGAGAGCAAUAAAAUGCUUGCCUCGCUGUUAGAAAAUCCGCCAAAGAAUCCUAUAGUCACUGUACCACCUCAAGUCAAAACUAUACCUGACAUUGCACCUUCAGCAAGCCGCGUCAACUCGACACUCGGUGUUAUGAGUGUUUCAGCGCCGAAUAGUCUAGGUGGCAUGCCACCAAAAAGCGGCAUAAUGACGACGACCUCAUCAAUUAGUGCAGGAGGCAGUUCUGUCGGAGCCGGUGGACGGAGCAAUAGUAUGCGCAAACAAUUUUCCGAUGCCUACCUCACGCUGCAACAGCAGCAACAUCAGCAACAACUCCACCUACAACAACAACAACAACAACAACAAUGUUUAGGUAACAUUCAACGUUCUUCACAUCAGCAGCCAACACAACUAUCUCAACCGCAAAUAAACUUUGCUUCAUCGGACGCCUUCGGAACAUCUUCACAUAACACCACAGCUACCUCAGGGACAGCCAACGUCACAGCGUCAAUUGUGACGUCACAAGCAAACUCCCAAUUAGCCGCUCCUAGCGGCGCUGAUGGCGAUUCAGAAUUAUCUAAGAUUUUGGAUAGCGUUAUGGACUAUGUUUCAGACGAUGGGCCAUUUGUAUCAGCACCUACUCCCACUGCCUUGGCUGGAUUAACGCAGCAAGAGAUUAAUGAACGCAUGGCUAUCAACGCUAUUCAAAAUUCAUUGAUGGUCGAGACAUCUCAACUGCAACAGCAGCAACAUCAUCAACAACAGCCGCAACCGCCAGCCUAUCCUGGCAACAUAAUGGGGAGUGGCACUGGAGGGAAUUUAACUCAGCAACAACAACAGCUACAGCUCCAGCAUCACCUGCAGAUGUUGCAAAGGCAGCAGGCUGCAAUUGGAGGCAAUCAACAGUCAACUCAGGUACAACAAAUGUUGGAGGUACUACGUGUCAACGCCAAUCAAAGUUUCCAACGACCGCCACCUAUGUAUUCGGCGUCGCGUAACAGGGGCCCAAUGAAUACUGUUACGACACCUGGAGGCUCUGUUUUGCCAGCGCAUCAGCAGUACCGAAUUCGUCAACAACAGCAACAGCAACAACAACAGAAAGAGCGUCUUCUUCAGCAACAACAAAAGCAACAGCUUUUGGUUCCUGAGAGUGCAACAGCGCGCACAGACCAGUUAUGUCUAAAUCCGAACAUCAACAACAUUGGUUCGCUGUUAAAUAACACAGUAGCGCCAAAUGUCGCCUUGUCUCGUACCAACUUGCCGCCCGAUUCGCAACUGAGUCCGAAUUUUGCACAGAAUUUACUUCAACAACAACAGUUAAGUCCAGGGCAACGUAAUGCACCAUUUAGUCCACAAACGAAUGCAGGUUAUGCACCGCAAUAUUCACAAAGCGGACAACGUCUAUCGCCCCAUCAUCAACAGCAUAUUUCACAGCAGCAACAACAAGUGAAUGCUCAGCAACAACAACAGAUGGCGUUUCAGGCUGCCCAAGCAGCAAACGCUAAUGUCACUCCGCAGCUAUCACCACGCCAACCGCCUUUUGGUGGAGGAGCAGGUGGUGUACAAUCACCUACAGGCAUGCCGUCAUCACAACAAUGGAAUGCAAGUGGUAAUGUUAGUACGCCAAGUGUACAACUAAGUGGAAAUGUGACAACUCAACGCGGUCAUUCAUUACAACAACACAAUCCUAUGUUAAGCGCGCAGUUACAACAGGGUGUUAGUCCUUAUACAACACGUCCGUAUCAAAAUCAGCGGCGAAGUCUCAACUCUCCGAACGGAGGGGGUGUAUCUGGCAAUGCAGUUACAAGUAAUAUCGGAACUAAUGUCGGUCUGCAGCGGCAAAAUUCUUUUCAAGGUGGUGAAUCUGGUGGUUUUAGUGGUGGUACCUCAAAUUCCCCAUCUCCACAGUCACCAUAUGGUGGGCCCAGCUCAAACGUAUUCCAGCAACAACAAAUGCAACGAAUGCAACGGCAGAGUAGCGUUCCGCAAACUACCCAACAUUUACCUGGCUCUCCACGCCCUUUCAUUGCGAAUGUAAAUCACGAAAAUAUUGUAGGUACAAGCGGCAAUGGCGCCGCCACAAGCCUCGGCGUAAAUGGCGGUGUCAGCGUCGGCGGGAGUGUCGGUAUUGUUGGCUUUGGUGGCAUGAUGUACAAUAAUAUGCAGCAUGCUGCUCAUGCGACCUCACAACAAACACAAAACGAAUUUUAUGGUCGCGCUCAGGCCGCAGGUAAUGCAGCAAACUCUUCUGAUUUCGUAAAACAAGAAUUGAGGGCUAUAGUAAGCGGACGUGCUCAACAACAGGCUGCUGCCGCUGGGGGAGCUGGUGCUUCUUCUGGUGGAAACGGAGUGCCAGGUGGCGGCGGAGGAAAUGUCGGUCCUGGCGGUCUGCGAAUAACUUCCACCCCGCAAAGUCCCUUGAGCAGUGCUCAACAGGGACCAAUGAGUGGUGGCAAUUCUGGAGGUUUAAAUAGUACAAAUUCGCUUAGCAUGCAACAACAUCAAUCUGGGUCAAUAGGAACUGGUGUUAGCCAAAAUGCACUACUUAAUACACCAGAUCCUUCCAUGAACUUUAGCUUCGAUGCACAAGAUUUCUUUGGCAACAAUGCUACAAGGUGACCAUAAAAAGUCUGGAAUUCAAUGUACACUACUAACGGCCGUCGACAACUCAACAAUAAAAAGAACUGCAUAUUGACAUGAACGAAAAAAUAUAUUAAGUAAUAUUAUAUUUAAUAAUAUGUAUAUAGCAAACAUGAAAUUUUAAUUAUUUUCUUGUGUUAACAAACAUUUUUUUCAAUUAUAAACAUUGGAAGCGAAAAGAGAAACAUGUACCUAGGUGCAAUAGAAUCUUAGCAUUUAUUUACAUAAUACUGUUACAAAUAUAUCAAAAUAGCUAAAAAAAAUUGAAGAUGUGUUAAAUAGAUAUAUGUGCAUACAAUUACGUAAAUAUAAAAUAGAAUUUUGAAUGAAUAUAGGAUCUUUCAUAUUUCGUUUCAUGAAAAAUACCAAUACAAAACCUUAUUAGAACCUCGAGACCAAUAAAAAAAAAACUUGUUAAGAACCACAAAUAUGCAUAAUCGAAUUCCAAGCUGAUACGUCUUAUUGGAUAUUACGUAUCUACAAAUAUGAAAAUUACCGAAAAAGGAAAUCAAUUGCGAAAAGAAAUUAAAACCUGUUGUCAUCAGUUCAAUAAUAACAAAAAUUAACUGAAGAUAUUAAAAACAUAGCGCGUAUUGCAAACAAAUUUACGGUGGAAAAGGAAAAAUUGCUGUUAGUGGAAGCCUGAUUGAGGUGGACUGGCCAGAUUAAAUAAAAUAUUUCAAUCCUAAUUUGUUAAACGGUGUAAUUCGAAAGAAGAACAUAAAACAAAGCUAAAAUGUAAAAGAAUUAUAGUGGGUGAAACGACAUUAAUUACUUAGUAAAAAAGUGUUAAAAUUUAAGGGCGCAAGUGUGUAUAUACUAUAUUAUACAAAUCUUUCAAAAAUAAUUACAUUUUUGCAAGUGCAAGUUAAGGAAAUUAAUUAAUUAUUAAGCGUUAUGUUUAAGUACAUAAUUCUUAUAAAACACUAAGGAAAGUAAUGUUUAAAGUUUUAAAUAUUUCGAACUGUAAAACAGUCAAGUUUAAUCCAAUAAGCAUAUUACAUUAAGGGGAAACGGUAAACGAUUUUGUUAUAAAAAUAUUUACACUGACUAUUUUGCACCGCACCAACUAAAAAUAUUAAUUUUUCGAAAAAAAUCUAAAUUUAAAUUUCAAUUGAAUUUAUAAAAUUAAUACUACAAAUCUGCUACAAACUUAUAAACAAGCAUAAAGUUUCAAACAAAAAAUGCAGUGAUAUAUCAAAAUAAUUCUAUUAUAUCGCAAAAGUAUACAAAUUGUAGAUGAAGUAAUUGAAAAUUGUACUUUGUACAAUGCAAAUGAUAGGUAAUAGUUACGUUGGCGUAGGAGACGGUUGGAGAAAAAUAGCCAAAAAUUAUAAAGCAAGAUAAGCAUUUUAUGAACAACGUUCUUUUAUAAAAAAAACGUGUACACGUAAAUACGCUUCAAAAACUCAUACAUAUACAUAUAAUUACUAAUUUUCUAAUUCCAGUAAAAUGUUUAUAAGGUUUAAAUUUUGAAUAUGUUAUUUAAUUUGUUUACAAUAUUUUUUUUUUCAUAUAUAAAAUAGAAAACUUACACUGGAUGAUUAAAGUAGGAAAAAUUUACAUAAUGCACAGUUGUGGUUACUAAUCGGUUAUGAUUUUAAUAUUUUUAUUUAUUUAGAAUUAAAAUAUACAUAAAAGGCAUUUUCAUUUAAUAAGAUUAAAGCUUGUCCCUGGGUUAUUUUGCAAAAUGUUGUCCAUUAGUGUAAAAUUACUUCGUGAAAUGCAGUCAGUUACUAAUGCACUAGAUACUACGUAUAAGAAGAUGAAAUCCAACUUUAUUUUUGUUUCCAUUUCAUUUAAUAUAUCUUUGAUUUUGUUAACUAUGAACUUUCAGUUAUUUUCUAUUGAUUUGAACUAAAAAAAAAUUGUUUGUUAUUUGAAAUGUUUUUUUCCUUUUUCUGUAAUUAAAAAAAUACGAAGGAGGAUAAUUUGAUUGUGAGAUAUUAGUCCAAUAAAUACAUAUAGCAUGUAAUUUUCCCAAUAUUGUUGUAAAAUAAAAAUAAUAGACGUAAAAUAUAGUUAAUUGUCUUAGCUUUAGAAAGCCUAAUUAAUUAAGUGUAAUUAACGAGAAGAAAAUGAAAUUUUUAUUAUUAAGGUGUUCAGUGGCUAAAACACUAUUGUUUGCUUUAUUAAUUUAUUAAACAGGAUAAAAAGGGCAAUGAAACUUUCAAAUAUAAUAUUAAUUAAAUAAUAUAAAGAAUUCUUACUUGAUUUUUGUUAGUUAAUUUAAAAGUUACAUAGUAUAUCUGAAAUGCAAUGUAUUUAUGUAGGUGCAGCAACUGUUAAGGGUAAAUUAUUGUUAUUUUUUUAAUUAUAUAAAAAUAUUGUUUUUUUUAUUAAUUACACCUUAAGUUUUUCUACGGAUGUAACUCUAUAUAAAGAUAUUCUUAAACACGUUGUAUACUAUAAAUAGACAUCAAACGUAUACUUUUCGUGUCGUUGUAGUUAAUAGCAGUAAUGUUACAACUUUUAAUAAUAAAAAUUAAUAGUAAAUUUUUUCUACUACAUAAGCCUUUUCUGUUUUUUGCUUCUUAAGUUUGUAAUGCAAAUUAAUAAAAAUGUAAAGUUGAUAUAAUAAAAAUAUUUCGUGUAAUCAUUUCUUUUUGAUAUUCUCUUUUCAGUUUGUUUACAGUUAUUAUUUGAAUUCUCUAUUAGGUGACUUGUAAUCUUGGGAGUACGAAUGAAACCACAUACACAUGUAGAUUUGAAGUUAUUAAGAGAGUUAUAGCACUUCAUUCUAAUUCAAAUAGUGAGGUGAGUUUUAUAUUUUAAAAUUUCAUUCAAUUAUGUAAUAGUACAUGUAUAAUAAUCCACACAGAUUUUUACUUCGAAAAAUUAGUUAGAGCUUGAUAACGGCGGUCAUUCAAUAACAAUAAAAAUGACUAGUUAAUAAUUUCUUUAACACUUCCUAAAAAAUAUUUAUAUCCAAUUUGAAAUCAUAAUUUUGUGUAUGAGGUUUUUCUCACUGCAUUUUAUGUAAAUACAUUCGAGACACUUUGCUUGUGAGUGCAUAUUAUAUUUAAACAAAAGAAAAAUAAGUAAAAUAUAGAGAUCAAAUUGAUUGAUAAACAAAGGGCGAGAAAGGAGAACAAAAAACUCUCGGAAAUAUAGAAAUACCUCUUAUAUAAGUUCAAAUUAUAAAUAAAUAAAUAAAUGAAAUAAUAUAACAUAAAGUGAAUAUGAUAUAAUAUAAUAUAGAACAAAAUUAUUAUAUUAUCAGGAAAAACGACUUUUAGAUAUAAAUAUGGUCAAUUUUGACUAAAGGGUAAUGGAAAGCAUUCAACCCAAAUAUGAAGACCGACAGAUGAUUGCGGAGACAAUUUUUCAUUGUAGUGUGAAAUAAUGGCCCAUUUCUUUAUAUUUGGAAAUAUAUGUAUAUAUUUCAAUACAUACAUACAUAUAUGGACCACAAAAAAGUUAAAUGCAAAACAUUGCUAUUAUUUUUUCUAAAAGACCGCAAAUACACAAUAAGCCAAUAAAAUACAGCUUAUGUUAUGAACUAAUAUUAUCAUCGUUCAUUUCCUCAAUUACUCAAACUCAAUGAAAGGACGACGAAUUAAUAUGUAGCUAAACGGUUGAUAUUUCAGUGCAGUUGCUAACGUUAAUCGAAUUCAUGAUCGGUCGGUGUUCAUAAGAGGAGUGAUUACAUUUUUUUCCCACACAAAAAAAUCAAACAAAUGAAAAGAUAAAUAAUAAUUUAUAUAUACACACUAAAAUAUCCCCUAUGGAACAUAGUACAGUAUAUAAAAAAAAUAUAAUAAAAACAUUUAACAAAAAAUAUUAAAGAUGCACCGUAUAGAACAUUCAAUUUAAGAAAGUUAAGUAAGUUGAAGUGAAUUGAUAUGUUAAUAAUUCUGGUUAGUAAAUUAUAUGCUAAUAUGAAGAGUUAAUGUAGAGGAAGUAGUUCAUAAGAAGAAAUUUACAUGGAAAACAGCGCCUUAAGUGCAGUAAAGAUUAAGAACGAAAAUGAACCAUUUUUAGAGGCUAUGAUCACAAUUGAGUGGUACAAAUGUUUAUUCGACUAGUGCAUUUUUGUAAAACAAAAAAAAUAUAUUUAUGUCAUAAGAUAGUUAUUAAAAUUGAACACUUGAAUGUUUGAGCAUUGUUUUUUUUUGUAAUCGAACAACAAAACGAAUUAUCAUUUGUGUGUAUAUGGUAUUUGGGUAUUAUUUGUGGAAAAAUAAAUAUUUAAAAAUAUUGUAGUAAUCAAAUUCUGUCAUUAGACUUAUUUAUUAUUGUACCAAAAGUUGCUAAAUUUAUAUGUAUCAAUAAUUACUACUCUUAAAAGGUUUUAAACCUCCGAAAUGAAUGUAAAGAAGGUAGGUGGUAAAAAUGUAUACUAAAGAUAUAAUUGUUAUACGAGUUAAAUGACAGACUGUCAUUUCUGCGUACAAUAAUCGAUAUUUUCGAUUAAACAUUAUAAACUUAUUUUAUUAUCAGUUUUAUAACUACAUAUGAGUAAUAAUUUUAUAUAAUAGCAUGAUUGCAUAUGGAAAUAUUAAUAAUUGACAUUUUAUGGUCCAUGUAAAUUACAUUUUCAAUAUUCAUUAAAAUAUUACAUAGAAAUGUGUGAAGUGAUAAACCUAAAAAUGCGAUAUUUUCCUGUCGAUUGUUAAUAUUUUUUUUUUUUGUUUUUAAUUUGUAUUUAGUAGAAAAUUUUAAAAUCUCAUUACAAACUGCUUAGAUGGAUAUUUAAAUAUUUAUUAAUACAUCCAAACAGAGAAUUGAUACAAAUAUUAUAAGUAAAUGACAAAGCGUAAACGAGCAAAAUUAUUUAAACGACAAGUGGCAUUUACUGUUUUUUGAGACUAAUUGUAAGUAGUAAAUCUCUUUACACUUUUAACACAAAAUGUAAAUUUAGUGAGAAUUAGAAUAUGGAAACCCCAUAACAAUAAUUAAGGGGAAUAGUAAAGAGUAGAACUUAUAAAUAUUAGGUAAUAAUUUUCAUAAACCUGUUAUGAAAAAUACAAACACAAAUACAUAUAUAUAUAUAUAUUAGUACUCAAUUUUCAAACUUUUAUAUGUUUUCAUAAUUUCAAUUUGAAUAAUUAUUAUUUAAAUAACAGAUCAAAUGUUUGUAUAAAAAAUAUUCUCACAAAACAAUAGGUUAAUUUUAUGUAUUUAUAUGCAUAAUUAUAGUAUAAAAUACUACUCUAUAAUUUUACAAACACUUGCAGCUUUUAACAAAUGGAGUACGUGCGUUAUCUACAUACAUAUGUAUAUGCGCAUAUAUGUAUACUUGAAUAUUUUUAGUAAAAGUCCUAAUAUAUGAAAAUAAUAAAAAGUCGGCGGCUUGAUCUUUCAUAUAUACAUAAAUAUACAUAAAUCUUUUUUUAUUUUGUACAAUAUCUGUACUCAACUUAAACAUAUAUUCAAAAUGCUAAUACAUUUAAGUAUUGUUAAUUACCGAAAGUUCAACCAGGUUAUGUACAUAUAUAGGAUUUUAUACCUGAGACGAUUAGAAAAGAAGGAGGUAAACCUGCGAAAUAACAAACUCAUAAAAACUGACAACUUUUAAUGUUCUGUUCUAUUUGCAUGGCCUACCUUUAAGUUCUUUAUUACUGAAAUAAAAAAAAACGAAAAGAAGUACCAAAUAUGUAUUGUUCUACACAUUGCUGCCUGUCGAAAAGAAAUAAACAAAAAUAAAAAUAUACAA